AUGUCCGAAACCGCCGCUAUCGAUGCUACCAGCGCACCUGCGUCCCUUUGGGAUCGUGUGUCGAAUUGGGUGUCGGAGAACAAGGCGGUUGCAUACACCAUUGCUGGCACAGUAGUCGUCAUUACGAGUGCCGGGGCCAUCUACUAUUUUUCGAAUCAGAAGACCGGGGCUCCUGCAACCCCUACAGAAAAGAAAAAGAGCAAGAAGGAGCGACGGAAAGAAAAGAAAGCUGCCGAAGAGGCACAGAAGGCCGGCAUCAGUCUCAAGGACGAGGAAGCUGGUACCGCACCUCGAGCUGCCACCGUCGAGACCGAGGAUGAGUUGCCCGAAAUCAAUGAAUCAAACAUUGAAAGCUUCUCGAAGGAGGAGAGAGCAACAUAUGCCGGCAAGUUAAAGGCCGCCGGUAACAAAGCAUAUGGAUCGAAAGACUACAACAAGGCCAUCGAACUCUAUGGCAAAGCAAUCCUCUGCAAACCCGAUCCUGUCUACUACUCGAACCGAGCCGCUUGCUACAAUGCCCUCAGUGAUUGGGAAAAAGUGGUGGAGGAUUGCACCGCAGCCAUAUCGAUGGACCCAGAAUAUGUCAAAGCUCUAAAUCGCCGCGCCCAUGCCUACGAACAUUUGGGACUGUUCUCCGAAGCCUUGCUGGAUUACACGGCCAGCUGCAUCAUCGACGGGUUCAAGAAUGAAAACAGCGCCCAGAGCGUGGAGAGAUUAUUGAAAAAGGUGGCUGAAAAGAAGGGCAAAGCAAUCCUUGCAGGCAAGAAAAACAAACUGCCCGGCGCAACCUUUGUCUCCAACUACCUGCAGAGUUUCCGCCCGAGGCCCCCGCCGACAGGGUUGGACGAGAGCGCCGAACUCGAUGAGAACACGGGGAAAGGCCAGCUUCAGCGUGGUUUGAUCGCCAUGCAGAAGAAGACGGCCGAAGGCUAUGAUGAAGCUGCAGCAGCCUUCAAGAAGGCUCUGGAACUCGGGGACCUGGGUGAGCAUGAGGCUUUUGCCUAUAAUAUGCGUGCCACGUUCUUGUACCUGGAGGGUGACAUCGCCAACGCUCUUGACGACCUCAACAAAGCCAUCGAGCUCCAGCCAUCUCUCACCCAACCAUACAUCAAGCGGGCGAGUAUGCAGCUAGAGUUGGGCAACAAGGACCUCGCUGCCGAGGAUUUUGAGAAGGCCAUGGCACAGAACAAAGAUGAUCCUGACAUCUUCUACCACCGUGCACAGCUGCAUUUCAUACUCGGAGAAUAUGCUGAUGCCGCCAAGGACUACCAAAAGUCCAUUGACCUAGACAAGGACUUCAUCUACUCGCACAUCCAACUGGGUGUCACCCAGUACAAGCUUGGGUCAAUCGCGUCCUCGAUGGCAACAUUCCGCCGAUGCGUGAAGAAUUUCGACAAAGUGCCCGACGUGUACAACUACUAUGGUGAGCUUCUGCUCGAUCAGCAGAAGUACCAGGACGCCAUUGAGAGAUUCGAGACCGCGAUCGACAUGGAGCGUCAGACGAAACCCACCGGGGCGAUCAAUGUGCUCCCACUCAUCAACAAGGCGUUGGCACUCUUCCAGUGGAAACAGGACUUCAAGGCGGCAGAAGAGCUUUGCGAGAAGGCGUUAAUCUUGGAUCCUGAAUGCGAUAUCGCCGUAGCCACGAUGGCUCAGCUCCUCCUCCAGCAAGGCAAAGUGACCAAGGCCCUGGAGUACUUUGAGCGCGCCGCCGAGCUGUCGAGAACAGAAGGGGAAAUCGUCAACGCGCUCUCUUACGCCGAGGCCACACGCACGCAACUGGAAGUGUCACAGAAGUAUCCUCAAUUAGCUGCUCGUCUGCAACAAAUGGAGGGUGCAGGCCUCGGCGGACCUCAGUUGAGGUAA